AUGGAUGACAGGAUUGGUCAGAUGGAUGACAUGGGAUUGGUCGCCUUCCAUGCACUGAAGAAGCAUGACGGGCGCUCCUUCCGCAUGCUGCUGCCAGGGGAAUACACGCAGAUGGCCGGCAGGGCGGGCAGGCGAGGACUGGACAAGUUUGACACGUUUGGCACGGUGAUCAUCUGCUGCUGGGAGGGCGAGGAGGUACCAAGUGAGGUGGAUCUGAGGCGGGUGCUGACUGGCAAGGCCACCAAGCUGGAGUCGCAGUUCCGCCUCUCCUACGCCAUGAUCCUCAACCUGCUGCGCGUGGAGGACCUCACAGUGGCCGCCCCUUCAUGCCUCUCUCCAACGCCUCUGUCCAACGCCUCUCUCCAACGCCUCUCUCCAACGCCUCUCUCCAACGCCUCUCUCCAACGCCUCUCUCCAACGCCUCUCUCCAACGCCUCUCUCCAACGCCUCUCUCCAACGCCUCUCUCCAACGCCUCUCUCCAACGCCUCUCUCCAACGCCUCUCUCCAACGCCUCUCUCCAACGCCUCUCUCCAACGCCUCUCUCCAACGCCUCUCUCCAACGCCUCUCUCCAACGCCUCUCUCCAACGCCUCUCUCCAACGCCUCUCUCCAACGCCUCUCUCCAACGCCUCUCUCCAACGCCUCUCUCCAACGCCUCUCUCCUACGCCUCUCUCCUCAACCUGCUGCACGGUGAGGACCUCACUGUGAGUGGGCUGCUGCAGUACGGGCGUGAAGAGGAUACAGUUGACCAUCCCACCGUGCCUUUCUCACCCUCCCUCAUCUCUCACCCACCCCUCUGCAAUGCUGUGGAAGACAUGUUGAAGCGCAGCUUUGCGGAGGCACAUGCACAGCGCCUGCUACCCCAGCAGCAGAAGAUGCUGCAGGCGGGCGAGCACGCCCUCGCCCAGCUCGCCAACGCCCAGCCCAUCAGCUGCAUCCUGGGCGACCCCUCGCUCAUAGAGCACUACUAUGACGUGGCAAGUGAGGCGCGUGAGCUGGAUGCAGCCCUGCAUGACGUGGUCAUGCGGUCCCGACAGGCCUCUCAGCUGCUGACACCUGGCAGGGUCGUAUUGGUGCAGCCGGCCGAGACGGCGUCACCCCACGUGGCAGCGCUGCUCAAGGGCCCGUUCGGCCCCACGCCAGCCAAGCACUCUUUCCUCGUGCUCUCCCUGCCGCGCUCCUCUGCUGCACAUGCACCGGGGGAGAGCGGGGAGAGCGGCGACGGACGCGGCGGCGAGGGCUCUGGGAAUGGACAGGCGGGGCGAGAGGAGGAAGGGAGGGAGGAGGAGACGAGGGUGGGUCGAUCCUUCAACCAGGUCACAGUGCUGGGCACGGGUCCCAACGGGCCUAUAGUCGUCAACAUGCGGUUACCGCAUCGCGGCACUGUAGCGGGCACGUGUUACACGGUGGAGCAGAUCCCUGCCGCCCAGCUCGUGGGGGUGUGCCGAGCCAAGGUUGCUCUGGAUGUGCCGAGCCUGCUGGAGGAGGUUCGGGUGCCGGCGUAUGCUGCAGUAGUGCAGGCGCUGGUUCAGGUUCGGGAGGAGUGUGCUCCUGCCGACCCUCCCCUCAUCGACCCCAUCAAAGACCUCAAGAUCGCUGACUCAGCAACGGCAGCCAUGCACAAGCGCCAGCUGGCACUACGGGAGUUGCUGCCACGCAGCCCGUGCCAUGCGUGCCACCGAUUGGACGAGCACUACGCUGCGGUCGCCUCUCACCGCCAGCUGUCGCAACAGGUGGAGCAGCUCAAGGCAAUGACGAGCGACCAGGCACUGCAGCAGCUGCCAGAUUUCCACCUGCGGGUGGAGGUGCUUCAGACCCUGGCCUUCAUAGACUCAGAUCGCAUAGUGCAGCUCAAGGGGCGGGUGGCGUGUGAGAUGAACAGCGCUGACGAGCUGCUCGCCACCGAGUGCCUGCUCAACCACCACCUCGCCGCCCUCUCGCCGCCCGCUGCUGUCGCGCUGCUCUCGGCGUUUGUUUUCCAGCAAAAGGACGCGUCGCCGCCCCAGCUCACUGCGGAGCUGGCCCAUGCGAGGAACAAGUUGCUGGACCUGGCAUACUUCCUGGGCGACCUCCAGAGGCGAGUGGGGCUGCCCACAUCAGCAGAAGAGUAUGCAGCAGCCACUCUCAACUUUGGACUCAUGGAGGUGGUCUACGAGUGGGCUCUGGGCACGCCAUUCGCUGACAUCUGUCCGCUGACCAACGUGGCCGAGGGAACUAUCGUGCGCACCAUUCUUCGGCUCGAUGAGACAUGUCGAGAGUUCCGCAGUGCCGCUAGGCUGCUGGGGAAUGCAGAGCUCAUGGCAACCAUGGAGGCGGGAUCUGUUGCCAUCAAAAGAGACAUUGUAUUUGCUGCCUCACUUUAUGUCUCAUGA